AUAAUCAUGGGAAACGCAGAAGCUAAACCAACAGGACGCCAUAAAGGUUCGAAACAUGGAAAUGUCACUGAAACUGUCGAUAAGCGAGUAGAGCAAGCAUUUGUCAGGCUGGCAGGAAGCACAUCGAACUCUUUGACUUUCGGUGAUUUGAAGGGCAUUUUUGGUGAAAGCGUGGCGGAAAGUUUAUGGAACUUUCUCUCCGAUUCAAAGCCAUAUGAUGCCAAAUUGAGUUUUCAAGAGUUUUCCCAGCAUGCUGUUAGUCUUAUGGGAACGUCUACUGAUGUCUACAUUAUGGCAUUUCAACCUCUUCUCCAUCUCAUUAAAGUCUGCUCGGAAGCUGCUGGAGCGGGCGCUGUAGCCGGCGAUGAGCAGUUUAUCGCAAAUCUUGCAAAGGAGAUGAGCGCAAGCGGUUCUAACGCACACGCCAUUAUAACUUGGAAGAAUGCCAUAUGUCCAAAGUUCUGUCACGCCUUGCAAGAACGCAUUUUACAAGAAUGUUUAGGGUUGAACUUUCCUGUAACUGACUACUCGUCGGACAUACUAACCCCUAUACAGAUGUGGUACGUUCGUUGCUCUUUGCCAAGCAAAUACUCAGUCACUGGUACUUCGACGAAGGUAAACAUUGCAACUGCUACCCAAGGUAUCAGUGUAAAUCGAUUUGAAGCUAACGUCUUCGACUAUAGAGGUCCCACCGUAACCAUUUUCCAACUUACUGAUAAGAGCAUCUUCGUAUUGGCUACAGAAGAGACAUGGAGGCAUGGUUCUUCACGAUUUGGCGGACCGGAUACAAUGCUCUUCCAAAUAGCGCCAAAAUUAGAGAGGCGGGAAUCCUCUUCUUCCAUAUACUGCAAUUUCAAGAUCAGAUCAGCUGCAUUUGGACUAUCGUUCGAGGAUGUGCUGAAAAUUAAUAAGGACAUGGACAAUGUUGAAGCUGCUGAGGUCUGGGGAUGUGCAUCAUCAAAUGCAUUGGAAGAUCAGCAGAAACUGAGAGCAUGGCAGAAUAAACAGGCUGAGAAGCACAAAAAAGUGCCACUCCCUGGAAACUGGGACGACAAUCCUGAUAAAACACUCCUUGAAAUGGCUGGAUUCCAAUUUUCCGACGAGAAACGUAGAAUGGAAUUAGAUGCUAGACAGUAGAAAUUGGAUGUUUUGGAAUGUACAUGCCAUGUAUGUCACUUUGUACAGUAUUAUACUAGUUACUAAAAAGUCUUGUAAUAAGAAUUUAAUAUUCUCCUUGUAUA